GUGGACUCCAAUCAACUGAAUGUCCCACAGGUGGGAACUCACAAUCAACUGAAUGUCCCACAGGUGGACUCCAAUCCACUGAAUGUCCCACAGGUGGACUCCAACCAACUGGAAUGUCCAACAGGUGGACUCCAAUCAACUGAAUGUUCCCACAGGUGGACUCCAAUCCACUGAAUGUCCCACAGGUGGACUCCAAUCCACUGAAUGUCCCACAGGUGGACUCCAAUCAACUGAAUGUCCCACAGGUGGACUCCAAUCCACUGAAUGUCCCACAGGUGGACUCCAAUCCACUGAAUGUCCCACAGGUGGACUCCAAUCAAGU